GCUUUUAGUCAUCCGUUGUCGUUCGUAGCCGUUGGGCUGUUUUUCUUUAGAUGCGUUAGCUUUUACAUGUUUUGUAGGUUGCACUGUCAAUUUGGUUAGAAAACAGAGACAAUUUCAGUACCAAAUAUUUGUUUUGGAUUCGUCGUAGCCGGGAUCGCGGACAUAUCACGACAUUGCUGUCGCGGGUUUGAGGUUUGCCGUAUCUGUGCGUUUGCGAAACAGUGGACCCCCACCGAAGAUUAUAGUGCUAGACCCCCAAAACAAAUAAUUAAACCGUUUCGUGCGUGUGUUCCGUCAUCGGUUCUAGACUUGUGUAGCAUUGGAUUGGAAUACAUCAUAAUACCGACCACUCGUUGUUCCGGGACGGAGAAUUUUGCGUGCGUUAUACCUUAAAAAAGGCAAAUCAAUCAUAAUACGUCAGGUGAAUGUGACUGACAGCUGGCGCAGUGAGUGAGUGAUAUCGUGAAAAUGGCACUGAGAAAGUUAAUUAUUCUGGCCAGGUUGGAGCAGAGAUUCAGAUCUUGCCUUUGCUAAUGGCGUGAAAGUGGGGAGCAGCCGCCGACGUCGUCGUCAUCUUCUCCAAACGAAGAAAACACAUAACAACUGAGGAGUGGUUGGCACAGGAAUCUACUAGUAUAGUGCUCUUUUCUCGCUAGAAUGCUUUCAAGUAGCAGCAGCGGCAUCGUUGUCGCAUAGUUGCAUAGGAAGACUCGAAGCAGCAGCAGUAGCAUUACGCGGGGGCGGGGUGAUGUUGGGGCGCACACGGCCAGAGAAAACAUGAAAUGAGACUGACGACUAGAGAGUAGUGUGUGCAGUUUGCUCGGAGGAACGAAACGACUAAGCGAAGCAUAGAAGAAAAAAAAAAGUUGCUCAAUUGAAGUGCUCUUGAAUAUAUAUGAUAUCAUCAAACGCAGUAGUCGUCGUCGUCGUCGUUUCGGAAGAGGGUGUGAAGCGCUGUGAUUAAUUCUCCCGCACUAAAGUAAUCGACGAGACAAGCCGAUGAGAGCUGAUUAGUAAUCAUAUUGCUGCUUCACAGGCAGGCCGCGCGGGGUGAUACUAUAUUUUGGUGGAAGUAUUGUCUCCACAGAAGUGCCCUCGAGAUAGAGUGACACAAGCAGCGAGAAAGUGAAGGUGUGUGAUCCUGUUGCAAAUUUGCAUUCAGUGCGGUUCUUUCCGAGCUCUGUCCAAACACGCUGCACAGGAACGGUUCCGGGUGUGUUUCGUUUCUGGAUUUCCUGGAAAUUGUGCUGCGCGAGAAAGCCAACGGUGAGGUGACCAGUGUUUGCGUGUUGUUUUUAAGUUCGCAGGAAAUUUUCGGUGUAUUCGUGCGUGUCGUUUGGGUUUAAUGUGCAGUUUUUGCUUCCAACAUGAACGCGUGUGCGAGGAUUUGUUUACAAUCUGAAGAUAUGCUUUAAUAACCGGUGGAAGUGGAGUGCGAUUCGAAAAGAAAACUCCUCCCGUGCUGAGGAAAAGGCCAGAGUGUUGUGUUUAGUGAAUAGUAGAGAGCGUGUGCGUGUGUGCUAUCAUACAGAAGACUGAAGGCAACACGAUGAGUGUGUUCAGCGACUUCCAGCGAAUGUGGGUUCAGCGGUUUCCCCAGAGCUCGCUGUCGGACGCCUGGGAGCAGGAUGUUCGGGCAAGCUUGGCCCGACACAAGCAGAAGAUCGCCGAGCUGAGCAAGGAACUGGAACAGGAGACUCUUUAUGUGGAGUAUCUCGAGCGAUUGCUGAGUGACGUGGAGAAGUACCGGGAUGCUGGUGGGGAUCCAUCGGCACUGUUCGAGGCGAACACGCCGGCCUCGGCUGCCAACUUGAUGAACAACUGUAAGGAGGAAGACAAAAGUAAGAUGAUUGCCGUUGACGGAGAUGAAGAUGAGAACCAAAUCAUCAAAGCGGCGAACAAUCACAGCACGGAAAACAAGGGCACCAACGGUGCCAACACCGACGAGGAUGCCCCCGGCGAAAAGCUGCAUAGCGGUGCCUCUGUCGGGAUGGUCCCUCUGCGCAGGGACAACCAACACAAGGACAGUGCACUGAAUCAGUGCAUCAAUGAGCUCACGUCGAAUCUGCACCAGCGGCGCUGCAUUAGCUCCGACGUCAGUUCAUCCCCCACCAAAUCGAUAUCCUCGUCAUCCUCGCCCACCUCCACAAUGGCGGCCUCCGGCGCAAAGACUGGCGUGCCAAAUAGUGCCAAUACAAGUAACACCCAAAUACAACAGGAUCACACUUCCGAGUGCGAGCAGCAGUCCCGCUCACGGCGUUCCAGCCAGAGUGACACUCUGCUCUCCUCGCCGAGUCACUUUGUGACCGUAAUCGAAGUGAAGGAGGAAUCUUCCGAAAACAGAUUGGAGGACUCCAAGCAAAACUCCAGUUCGGCGGCGGUGGCUGCUGUCGCGCCUGCUCUGCCAACCAAAACUACCAGCGACAAUAGCAAUAACAACUCUACUACUACUACCACAGUCGUACAAUCCUCCACAAUCACUGCCUCGGGCAAACCGAACAACUAUGAAAACGUACUGAUCAAUACCAACCGCAGUAGCAGCGAAAAUCUGAACAACAACAACAACAACAGUGUUCUAUUGCACCAGACGCCACCACCGCACCAUCAGUCGACCAAUAACAACUCCAUUGUCAACGAGCACAGCACAUUCCUGGAUGGAGGCAGACACCCAAAACCGUCGGCCCCACCCCUAAUGAGUACAUCGAUUGCCGAGCGAACCUCGCAGCUCAUCGCGAGCGGCCAGGAGCUCAAAAAGAAGGUCCCACCACGACCACCACCCAAGUAUCCGCGCCGAGCGGCGCCAGUGGAACCUCCGGUCAUUCCUGCAGCGGCGAUGCAAAACAUCCGCCGGGAUCAGUCUUCCGAUGGAACGCCGGACAGUCCGGGCAGCUCGCUGGAGCGCAACGUCAAACCGUCGGAGAUGUACCGCCAGAAAUCGUCGGACUCGCUGGAUGUCAAGUUUGGCUCGCGUGCUUCCAAAACGGCCGAACUGGUGGAGGAGUUCGGAAGGAAACUGCCAAAGUCCGACAGUCUGAAGUCGAAAUCAAGCACAGACAGUCCCACGGGAUCGCUGGGCAAAAACGUUGGAGCAUCACCGACCGGCAGUUUGAGCAAGCUAGCCGCCGCAGGCAGUAGCGAUAGCCCGACCGGAAGUUUGGGCAAAAUAAGUCACCGGGCGAACGAUAGCCUGCAGUCAGUCGGUUCGAAGGAAUCGCUCGCUUCGACCGGCGGUGGAAUGGGAGCUAUUUCCGAGAGGAUAAAAAGUUACGAGUCGAUAUCGUCUCUCAGCUCGGACAGCAUGCGUAUCGGGCCGGGGGGAGGUAGCGCAGCACACCACAUCGACCAGGAACAUUACUACGAUACGGUCCCGCUCGAGAAUGGGGAAGGGGACUAUGUGUACAUUCAGGCCGGUGGCACCGGUACCAAUUCCACCUCUAGUCGAGACGAUAUCUCCACGGCGGGCAGCACGCUACCCUUACCCGCAUCGCACCCCCGAAGUCACAACAGUAGUCAGACGAGUGUUCAGCUGGAGCCAGAAUCGCCGGGACGGAGCUCCAACUACGUUAACAUUGACUACUUCAUACACAGCAAAAGCCACGAGCAUCGAAGCAGCUCGAUCGACAGCGAUGGCGAAGCGGACGGUGGCCCACCGGUGCUGUUGCGUGCAAUUUCCAAUGAAACUGAUUCGGGCCAACAAGGUCAUGGACUGUUCCGAAAGAUUUCCAAUGCGAACCGCAACACAAUCAUCCGACACAUCGUGACCAGCAUCAUCACCAGCGAAACGCUGUACGUCGAGUGUCUGAACAAGAUGAAGCAAUACAUGAAGGCGAUACGGGCCACGCUGACCACGUCACAACCUGUGAUAUCCGAGGAGGAAUUUCAGACGAUAUUUUUCAAAAUCGAAGAACUGCACGAAGUGCACUCGGAAUUUCUGAACGAACUGCGCGUGAAGUUGCAACCCCUCCCCGAUGGGGACGAACUUUGCGUGGGAGAGGUAUUCCGUCGACUGGCCGCGCACAUUCACCUGUAUGGCGCCUUUCUGCACAACUAUGGGCGUGCGAUCGACACGGUUAAAAAGUGCAGCACCCACAGCCAGCAGUUUAAGGAGAUUGUCUCGAACAUUGUUUUCAAGAAUCAAAACGAGCAGUCGCUAUCGCUGGAGGAAUUGCUCCACAAACCGGUGGCCCGAGUGCAAAAGAACGCCUUAGUGCUGGAGGACUUGCUCAAUCAGACCCCGGAACAACACCCCGAUUAUCAUCCGCUGCGACAAGCGUCGAAAUCGAUUCGUAAUUUUCUGUCGGAAUUCAAUGUCGUACAAACGAAAUCGAUGUUUCCGAGCGAUGAUAAAGCACUACGUCGGUUGGUGAAAAACUCCUUCAUAGUGGAAUUGGCGGACGGUCACCGCAAGCUGCGGCAUCUGUUCCUGUUCAACGACGUUAUAGCGUGUGCCAAAUAUAAGGCAGCCGGUCGGGACCGCAAUGGGUUCGAGUUCGAACUGAAGUGGUUCAUACCACUGCGGGACAUAGUCAUAUGCGAGGAAUCGGCGAACGAUCCGAAGGAAACCAGUCCGAUCAACAUUGUGCACCUGAAGUCGCAAGCAUGCACCGUGCGGGAUCAGAUCAUGAUGGACGAGAAGGAGGAAAAGAAACAGCGAACGAGUGGGUCGCGGGCUGGCGACAAGCACCGCAAAAAACUGGCCGAUCUCGAGGCCCAACUAGUGCUGGCGUCACCGAAUUUGGUGUUCAAGAUAGGCAACAAGACGGCGGGAAAAACGAUGACUUUCUUCCUCAGCUCGGACUUUGAGCGGACGCAAUGGAUCGAUUCGAUACUGACGCUGCAGCAAAUGUGCAACCUUCCCGGCCAGGUUCCCGUUCAGAUUUACGACCUGCAAGCUUGGAUCACGGCCUGCCAGGCGCUCAUCAAGACCGAGAUGGGAUCGUACCUGAUGCGAAAUGCACGCGACGAGAGUCUACUGGUGGGCGAUCUGCACCUUACGAUACAGGCACUAAGCGGAUUCGAGCAGCCAUGCGACCUGUUCAUCUGUGUGGAAAUCGACUCCUAUGGGCACUACUUUCGCAAGGCGAAAACGAAGCUGGUUUGUCGCAGCGCGACACCCAACUGGAACGAAUCAUUUGUGCUAGAGCUCGAGGGAAGCCAGAACCUGAGGAUACUGUUGUACCAGGACGAUGUGCAGAGGCCCAUCCUGAGGGCGAAGCAGAUUUUGAAGCUAAGCCGCCAAUGGCUCCAGGAAGCUCCGAUAGCCAAAGCCGUGAAAUUGUCGGAAACGCUAUCAUUGAAUACAGUGAUUCGGUUCGUUCCCGGCGAGGUGACAUUGAGGAGGGUUCCAACGUCGAAACCUGGGGCUCUGUUUGGUGCCAAACUGCAGCAGGUGAUCAAGCGAGAAAAACGAGAUAUUCCAUUCAUCGUGAGUGCAUGCGUCCGGGAGGUUGAACGCCGGGGCAUGUCCGAGGUUGGUAUCUACCGGGUGUCCGGCUCGGCGUCCGAUGUGGCCAAGCUGAAAAAAUCCUUCGAAACAAACGCUUACGAGGCCGAACAGCUGCUCAAAGAGGUGGACAUCCACUCGGUAACCGGUAUACUGAAGUCCUAUCUGCGGGACCUGCCGGAAGCCCUCUUCACCGACCAGUAUUACCCGAAGUUCUUCGAAACCUUCAACCAGCAUUCGAAUCUGAACGAAGCAUCGCGCAUCGGCGCCCUGCAGCGGAUUUUCGCCGAACUGCCCCAACCUAACAAGGCAACCAUUGGUCUGCUUCUGGAUCAUUUGAUGAGGGUGCACCAACAGGAGAUCGAGAACAAAAUGUCGUUACACAACCUGGCGAUGGUGUUCGGGCCGACACUGCUCCGGCCGGGACCCUCGGCCAUCAAGCAAAAGGACCUGCUGGAAUCCAGUACCGCAGACGUGAUGACGCAGGCUGGAAUACUCUACAGCUUCCUUCAAGCCAGACUGAAGUGAAUUUGGGACAGGAGAGUAUACACACACACACAUUUGCUGCUGCUGACAUUGAACGGAAUAAUAAGGGUAUAUUUGCACCGUUUAGAAUUUCUACCGUAUUACUGAUAGUAUUUAUUGCGAAUCGAGCGAACGUAGUGGAAUUGAAUUUGGGGGGAAUCGUCGGAAAGCAUUUUGGGAUGCUGCGGGGAAGUGUGCGAAAUCGAUUCAUUUAUUGGAGAGAAUGGGAGAGAAUGCUGCUAGAUUUUUGUUAACAAACUUUCCAUUUUGUCUGUAGAGAGAAAAUCGCGUAGUUUAGUUUUUGCUUAGUUUGUGUAUUCUAUUACUUUUAAGUGUGCUGAAAGCAACGUUAAUUUUAGUGAUUCUGACUAAGGUUUUGCAAAAUAAGUGUAAAAUAUUAUUCUACUCUAGAAAGCUUCUCAAUCGAGGGGGCGAUAAAUGUUUUGGUUGGCCUUUUGCUCAGCUAGCUGCCUGCGGGAGGCAACCAAAAUUAAGUCAUUCUCGCCUUUCCGUAGAGAGAUACAGUUUCUGUGUACAUUUGCUUCCUCUGUACAUAUUAUUAGUUGAUGUUAGGUUUGUUAGUUUUUAGUCAAACUGAUGAGUCAUGUUUUCGGCAGCUACAAUCGAUGGCUUCCGAGUCGUUUGGUUGGUUAAAAAGUCGUCCGGAGGGGCGAUAAAUGGUGAGCGAAAAGUACAUUCACUUUACAAUAUCGUUACAAAAGCAUAUAUUAAUCGUGUGUAUCCAUCAUUGAAAGUAUAAUUAUACACAUUGGGUUAUAAUUAGUGUAUUCUAACUUUUCAAACGUUAGCCAGGACCGACCACACGGGAACUUGUAGACUUUAGCGCGGUGGCAAUACAAUCAAAUAUUCGCUAUAAAUAGCCAAACCAAUUGAACAAACUCAUAAACAACACACAUUCACCGCUUGCGGAAUCCAAUCUUUAUAUACAACAACAUAUGAACAACAUAUGAUGAUAAAAAUUAUUAUGAUAGAGGAAAUGUUUAUUGACGACAAUGGGUUUUUGUUUCUGCGAGCUCUACAACACAAAGGUAUUGAAUAUUCCCAGCAGAAACGAAAAAAAAGCAUUACGUAACGUGUAAGACAACAACACAGUUCUUUACUGAAUUUAUCUUGUAGGAUUUUCCCCUUCGAUUAUGAAAAACCGAAUAAAAGUGAUCUUUCGUAUUGUGAAAUUGAAA